UAAUGUCCAUCGAUUAGUCAUCGAUGAUGAUGAUCAUCAUAUAGAAGAAAAACAAAAAUGUGAUAUAAGCAAUCGAGUCAAAUCUAGUAAAAUAUUAAUAAUGACAGAUGAUGGCAAUACUUAUAAUAAUAACGGUGAUAUUGUUAUUGAUGUUGAUAAUGAUAAUAAUGACGAUGAUAAUGAUGUUAAAGAUAUUGCAUUGGAAUCUGGUCACAAUGUUGACAAUACUGAUAUUGAUAAUAAUAAUGUUCGAUCAUCAUCAUCAUCAUCGAAUGAUAAAAUUGAAACGAAAACAAGCCAAAAUGUUGAACAAUCUAAAUCUAAAAAACAUAAUGAUGAUAAUAAUAAUGAAUUACAGAUGAAACAAUUGUUAAAAUUUAUCAAGAAAUCUUCACCUGAAAUGCUUUUCCUGUUGGAUAAAAGUGCUCAACUAAGCUAUCAGAUGGCAUUGUUUGAAAGAAAAUUGGAUUAUUUGGAAAAAAUUUUUAUAAAUAACAACAAUACAAACAAUAAUAAUAAUAAUAAUAAUAAUUCGGAUAAUCCGUAUGAAAAUGAUGAUGAUUCAUUACUUUGGUCGAAAGUAAUUAAUCGUACACGUGCUUGGAUUGCUGAUUCACGUAAAAAGAAUAUUUUUCUUACGAAUUAUGAAUUAAAACAAUUGGCUAUGAAUAAAACAUCGAAAGAAAAAAUAUUGGAAGAAUGGAAAACAUUGGUAGCUAAGAAUAAUAAUGAACAAAAACCGUUGAAAAUGUUUACCGCCGAAAAUUCAAUGAAUGCUGCAACGACAACUAAUGAAUUGUCAUCAUAUACAAGUCUUUCAUCUAAAGAUGAGCUAAUAAUGUUACUCGAUCAGAUUGCUCAAUUUUCAUCAAAUAUUAUUUCUAAAUCACGUAAAAAACAAUCGCAUAAUUCCAGUGAAAAUAAUAUGAAACAAAAUGACGAAUAUGAUGAUCUCAAUGUUAGUGCAAGAGAUGGCGCUACUGAAUUUCAUGGUGAUAAUAAUGACGAUUCAUCAAAUCAAAAUCAAACAAACAAUUGUGAAAAACAACAAAAUGCAAAUCAAUCAAUGAUGGAAGAGAAUGAUCCGAAAUCAUUUUUACAUCGAUUAUUGAUAAAUAAUCGAAUAAGUAAUAAUGAAUAUGAUGAUAAUGAUGAUGAAUGUAUACAGAAAAGAAAAAACGAACAUUUAUUGGAACGAUUAAAACCAGAUAUAUUGCAAGCAUUAGUACAGAUAAUCAAAACCAAUUCACUUCUAGUCCAAGUUCAACGUGAAUUCGAUAUACUUAUGUGUGCACAUUUGAAAUCUUUUAGUCGUUCGUUAAGUAAACAGCAACAACAACAACAACAAGUUACGCAUCAUCAUGGUCAUAAUGAUGUGAAUCAAAUUAUAAUGGGAACAUCACCACCAUUAUUAUCAUCAUUACCAUUGUCUUUCAAUGGUGGUUGUGAAUAUCAGCAACAACUAUUGACGAAACGAAUUAAAUCCAAUUCUUCGAAUCAAAAUAAAUUACGGACAACGCAACAACAGCAGCAAAUUUUUAAUGUUAACAAUAAUAAUAAUGGCAAUAAAUCAAUGGCGGCUAGUCAUCCUGCUAGUUAUAAUUGCUGUAUGAAUAAUAUGAAUCAAACAUUGAAUCCAAAAUUAUCGCAAACACAAACAAAUCGUAUGAUGGUGGAUGAAUUAACACAAUAUGUUGGUGAUUGUUGUAUGGUCAAUAAAUUAUCACAGAAUAAUAAUUUCGUUUCCGAUGGUGAUUCUGGUGGUGAAUUCACAGCUACAACCGUUACAAAUGAUUUCAAUCAAUGUGUCACCGAUGAUGAAUUAUCAUCAUUAUUAAAUCAGAUUGCACUUUGUUCGCAGAAAAUUAUUGAACAAAGUGAAAAUAGUACUGGUGGUGUCACAAUCAAUAAUACUGCAAAUAGUUCAAGCAAUAAUAGUACAAGCAGUAGUGGAUGUUGUUGUAGUACUAGUAUUGAUGCAAAAUGUUGUAGUAUUUCCAAUCAUCAUCAUCAACAACAACAACAACCAUCACAACCACUUCCGAUGACACCAUCUACAUUGGCACUUCGAUCCCAACAUUAUCGUCAAAUUGGUAAAGAUCCUAUUUCACCAUAUAUUGAUCAAAUGAUGAUAAAUUCACAAGAAAUAGGAUUACCAGAUAGAUACUAUUAUAUGAAUCCAACUGGUUCAGUACAGAAUCUUGCUCGUAAUCAUGCGAAUUAUCAUUCGUCACCAAUUCGUACAUAUGCAAAUUCUAUGUCUUUCAAUAAUCAUCAUCAUCCUUUUCAUCAUCAUCACAAUCAUUUAUUGAAUCAUCAUGAUGAAAAUAUUUUAGAUUCACAACAACCAAUUUUUAAUGAAUCAAUGAAAAAAUUGAAUAAUUGUUAUUCAUCUCCAUCAUCGAAACGAAUAUUACAUGAACAAUAUCUUGGUUGUCCAUUGGAAGAACCAUUGAUUGAUCGUGUUUCAAACAAUAUGACUGGAUUCAUGCUUGCAUCAUCCACAUUCGAUAUGUUGUCACCACAUCAUGUUGAUCAUAAUCCAAAUUAUAUGGCUGCCAGACAUCGUUCAAGUCUUGGCCAACAUCAAAAUCAAUUUCAUCAUCUUGAUCAUCGACAAUCGGUAGAUGGUCAAUGUUUAAAUGAUCCAAUAAAUGAUUGUAUCAAUCCUACCAAUGCAUUUAUAUUUGAUCCUAAUGUUGAUGUUGAAAGUUUUCUAAUGGAAGUUGAAAAAGAAUUGGAUGAAAAUCGUUUUACAUCUGCACCACCAUUUAUGAAUCCUGCAACUGAUUUCGAUAAUGGAACACCAACACAUCAUAAUAGGAAUAAUCAUGUCUAUAAUGGUCGAUCAUCUCAUCAUCAUCAACAUUAUAAUCAUCGUUGUUCAUCUAUGAAUCGAUCAACGAAUCUACGAGAUGAAUGUUGUCAACGACGAUCAUCUACUAUAGUACAACCACUAGCAUCUUCAUCACCGCUACACAGAAAUGAACAAUCAAUUUCUAAAUGUAGUCCUGGAUCGUAUCCAUCACCUCUAGUCACCAAUAAUAAUGCUACAUCAACAAUGCAUACACCAUUAAUGAGUUCGAUACAUUCAGAUCAUCAACGUAAUCAUUUUAAUCAUAAUAAUAAUAAUGAAAAUCAUCAUCAUCAUCAUGUAGAUUGUUCAAAUGCACGAUAUUCAGAUCAUCAAUCGUUGAUAUUAGCUGGUGGUAAUUGGAAAUUAAGCCAACGUAAUUCCAUCAAUGAUUUUGGCCGUUUCAAUAUAUCGUUAGGUAAUCUAUCUAACAAUAAUAAUAAUAAUCAAUUGAAUGGACAUCAACAACAUUUUUCAUCAACAAUGACAUCAAUGAUGGCAUCAAAUGGAUCGAUACAACAGCAACCAUCAUCAUCAUCAACAACAACAAACACAGCUAUGAUGACAGAUCAAACAAAAAUUUCUCAUGAUCUAUUAGAUAAAUAUCGAACACAAGUAUCAUAUCGUGUUAAUGAAGAAACUGAUCGUCAAUUGAAAGAAAUUGAUCAAUGGCUUUAUAAACAUCUGGAACAGACUCAACAACAACAACAACAGCAAUCACCGAAUCGAACAAACAUCAACAACAACAAUAAUAAUAGCAGCCGUUUACAUUUAAAUCAAGAUAUUGGAUCCAUACGACAACAACAACAACAACAACAGCAAAAAUCGACUACAACAGAAAGGCAACAAAAAUAACAAAAGAUACAUUUUCAUUAAUUCGAAAAUUCUGCAGUUGACAUAUUGUUCAUUUAUAUUCUUGAUUUCAAAAUUUCAAUUUCAAUGGCUAGCAAUCAACAAAUUCACUCACACAAAAU